UGCUUUCGAUUACUGAAGACCGCAUAAUUGGCCGGGUCUGCUAGGUUCUUGUACAGAUUUUGGUCCUUCUGCCCCCAUGUUUUUAGUUUGGGGCAGUUAGGCCACGUGGACAGCAACUCUAUGAUUAGUAAACUGCUUUUUUUCUUGUCGUCCUAGUGGGGAAGCCAUGGACUCUACCAAAUCUGAAUCCCUAAAAGGCUCACCAGAGGCUGAAGAUGGAAACAUCGAAUAUAAACUGAAGCUGGUGAAUCCAUCCCAGUACCGCUUUGAGCACCUGGUGACACAAAUGAAGUGGCGACUCCAGGAGGGCCGCGGUGAGGCAGUCUACCAGAUUGGGGUGGAGGACAAUGGGCUGCUGGUGGGGCUGGCUGAGGAGGAGAUGCGGGCUUCCCUCAAGACCCUGCACCGGAUGGCAGAGAAGGUUGGAGCAGACAUCACUGUUCUCCGGGAGCGAGAAGUGGAUUAUGAUAGCGACGUACCCCGGAAGAUCACUGAGGUGCUGGUACGAAAGGUCCCUGACAACCAACAGUUUCUGGACCUUCGUGUGGCUGUCCUGGGGAAUGUGGACUCAGGGAAGUCAACUCUGCUUGGAGUCCUGACCCAAGGAGAGCUGGACAAUGGGCGGGGCCGGGCUCGGCUGAACCUUUUCCGCCACCUGCAUGAGAUUCAAUCUGGUCGAACUUCCAGCAUCAGCUUCGAGAUCCUGGGCUUUAACAGCAAGGGAGAGGUGGUGAAUUACAGUGACUCACGGACGGCAGAAGAGAUCUGUGAGAGCAGCUCCAAGAUGAUCACCUUCAUCGACCUGGCUGGCCACCACAAGUACCUACACACCACUAUCUUCGGCCUCACCUCUUACUGCCCUGACUGCGCCUUGCUCCUCGUCAGUGCUAACACUGGGAUUGCUGGCACAACAAGGGAGCAUCUGGGGCUAGCCCUGGCCCUGAAAGUGCCCUUCUUCAUCGUGGUCAGCAAGGUGGACCUGUGUGCCAAGACCACAGUGGAGAGGACGGUACGCCAGCUAGAGCGGGUCCUCAAGCAGCCUGGCUGCCACAAAGUACCCAUGCUGGUCACCUCCGAGGAUGAUGCUGUCACUGCUGCCCAGCAGUUUGCUCAGUCACCCAAUGUCACCCCUAUCUUCACUCUGUCCAGUGUGUCUGGAGAGAGUUUGGACCUGCUCAAAGUCUUUCUGAAUAUCCUGCCACCGCUCACCAACAGCAAAGAGCAGGAGGAACUCAUGCAGCAGCUGACUGAGUUUCAGGUGGAUGAAAUCUAUACAGUACCAGAAGUGGGGACAGUUGUUGGAGGGACACUUUCCAGUGGGAUUUGCCGAGAGGGCGACCAGCUGGUGGUGGGCCCCACGGACGAUGGCUGCUUCCUGGAGCUGAGAGUAUGCAGCAUCCAGCGCAACCGCUCUGCCUGCCGUGUGCUGCGAGCUGGGCAGGCUGCUACGCUGGCCCUUGGGGACUUUGACCGUGCGCUCCUUCGCAAGGGCAUGGUGAUGGUGAGCCCCGAGAUGAAUCCCACCAUCUGCUCAGUGUUCGAGGCAGAAAUAGUCCUACUGUUCCAUGCCACCACAUUCCGGCGAGGCUUCCAGGUGACGGUACACGUGGGCAAUGUCCGUCAAACGGCAGUGGUGGAAAAGAUCCACGCCAAGGACAAGCUACGGACAGGGGAGAAGGCGGUGGUACGUUUCCGCUUCCUGAAACACCCAGAGUACCUGAAGGUGGGCGCCAAGCUGCUGUUCCGGGAGGGUGUCACCAAGGGCAUCGGCCAUGUCACUGAUGUGCAAGCCAUUGCAGCAGGAGAAGCCCAGGCCAACGGCUUCUGAACUCCUCCAGGGAGGCACAGCUCCAUUGCUGUCCCUACAAUAUACAAGGUGACCGGCCAUGCUGCCCCCUGUUGGCGGCUCUGUGUGUUAAUAGGCUAGGGAGAGAGGGGUGCUCCCUGCCAUCAUUCUGGAGAGGUGCCAAGCUUGGUGUGGCCAGGGAGGGGCAGCCCUGAGGGAGAAGACAGGAGAAUUCAGGGCAGUGCUCAGCAGCCAUGUGUCCACCUGGUUGGCUCAUCAACCCUGGAAACCCCGUGGCCUGUCUGCUAGAGGGAGCUGACCGUCACGACGUUGGCCCCGCCGUCAGGACUGGGAAUGAUUCACCAGUGUGGUCCCUGCAUUUCAGGAAUUGUCACAGCAACUAGGGGUGGUUCUCAAAAGCAUUUCUUUUUCUAUACCUCUUCUGAAGACCAUUAUAAGUUGCCAUCUCUACCUGACUAUGGACAGAAGACAUCUGCUCCGGGCCAUCUGGUGGCCCAGGGUCUGAAGAAAAGGCACAGGGA